CCUCGGUCGGUUGGUUUGAGAUAAUAAACUGCUCUCAACACCACUUUACGUGUGUGAAAUGUUUCUGGGUUCUCUUGGCUCAAAAUUGUUUUUCCAGCAACUGGAAAAAAAAUUGAUUUUGUACACCUUAUAAAUGCCGUGGCAUUUGCAAAUAUGCACAAUUCUGAGCCUUCAAAAGAAAACCCGACAACUAUGCAGAACAUGUGAACACUAUUCACCAUGCUGGCCCAUCACAAGAAAUGUUCAAUGUUUUUAAAAACUUGACAGAGACUACAAACAACAUUUGGAUUAAAAAAAAUAAGUAUAUAGUUUGAAAAUCACAGAUUUCAUUCCCAUGGAAUGUGUCUCGGAUUAUUGUGUAAACAUUAUGAAUCCAUUCAAAAAUUGAAGCGCAGGGGCAGAUUUAUUUAAUAAUAAAAACAUAUAAUAAUGAUUUUCAUUAUUUAUAACACGCAUAACAUUACACCAAACGAUGGGUUUUAAGGAAGAAUAAGUGUAAAUAAACUAUAUAUAAUAAUAAACUAGCUACUCGACCCGGAUAUUGUAAGCAUACUGCAUACAGUAUGAUAAUACGUGCAAUCCAGCCACGCGGUUUGUUUAUUACACGCGUCAAAGUGUGGCGUUAUCUUUAGUUGAGGUUCUCCGUUGCGUUACGUCAUCUUUACUGGACGUUUCAUGAAUUAAGAGAAAGAAAAGCGUCGCCUCAUUUCUCCGUAAUAAUUCCGCCACCGGGCGGCAUGGUGGACUACUGGUUGCCACGUCCGCCUCACAGUGCAGAGGUUGUGGGUUUGAUUACAAUGGGGAGUUUGCAUGUUCUGAACGUGCCUGCGUGUUUUCUCUGGCUUCCUCCCACAUUCCAAAAACAUGCGUUCCUCUGUCACAAUAAAUAAAUACUUGACUGCGACAACGAACAAAAUUCCGAUUAAAAAAUAAACCAUAAAAGCGUUCAGAUUACAGAUGUAAUUACCAGGAGUUUGUCUCGAAACAUGAAUGCAAUUAGAGUAAAAAAAUAUAUACAUUACAAAAUUAUGAAAGCGAUGUUAUACAAACGCGUGUCUGACAACGUGACCGACUCCACUACUAGAACGUGGCCACACAAGACCGCACCGCAGCGGUUACAAAGCUGCCUUUACUGGCCGCUGUUUUUGUUUCAGAACCGGUUCUUGUUGUGGUUCGACUCGGUAGCUAUCGACGCUUGGCCAUGUCUGUCUCCCGGACGGUAAUAUGUUUAUUAAGAAAUGAUUUACGAAUCCACGACAAUGAGGUGUUUCACUUUGCUCAAAAGCACGCCGACCACAUCGUGCCGCUGUAUUGCUUCGAUCCCAGGCAUUACGCGGGAACGUACAAGUACAACCUGCCGAAGACGGGACCUUUUCGGCUGCGCUUCCUACUGGAAAGCCUCCGGGAUCUCAGAAACACGCUUGUGAAGAGGGGCAGCAACCUGGUCGUAAGACAGGGCAAACCGGAAGAAGUCGUGGCCGACCUCAUCCAGCAACUGGGCUCUGUCAGCGUCGUCGCUUUCCACCAAGAGGUCACUUCUGAAGAGCUGACCGUGGAGAAAGGCAUCAAGGACGUGUGCGCAUGCAUGAAGGUCCAAGUGCACACCUGCUGGGGGUCCACGCUCUACCACCGAGACGAUCUGCCGUUUCAACAUAUUUCCAGGCUGCCGGAUGUUUACACUCAGUUCAGGAAGGAAGUGGAAUCCAAGAGUCAAGUUAGGUCUGAGUUGCCCACCUCGGACCGGCUCAAGCCUCUUCCUGGUGGGCUACAGGAGGGAGAUAUUCCUACUGCGGCGGACCUGAAGCAGACAGAGCCUUUGAAUGACCCCCGCUCCGCUUUUCCAUGGGCUGGCGGUGAAAGUCAGGCGCUGCGCCGACUUCAGCAUUAUUUCUGGGACACGGAUGCGGUCGCGGCCUACAAGGAGACGCGCAACGGCUUGGUGGGCUUGGACUAUUCCACCAAAUUAUCUCCCUGGCUGGCCAUGGGCUGCAUUUCACCGAGGUACAUUUUUCAUCAGAUACGCCGAUACGAGAGGGAGCGAACGGCCAAUCAGAGCACAUACUGGGUAAUUUUUGAGCUUUUGUGGCGUGAUUACUUCAAGUUCGUAGCACUCAAAUAUGGAAAUCGUCUGUUUCAAGUCAAAGGACUUCAGGACAAAACCAUUCCCUGGAAGACGGACGUGACACUUUUCAACGCAUGGAAAGAGGGACGUACAGGUGUCCCCUUUGUGGAUGCCAACAUGAGAGAGUUGGCCAUGACGGGCUUCAUGUCCAACAGGGGGCGCCAAAACGUGGCCAGCUUCCUCACCAAGGACCUGGGCCUUGACUGGAGGAUGGGAGCCGAGUACUUUGAGUACCUUUUGAUCGACCAUGAUGUCUGCAGUAACUAUGGCAAUUGGCUGUACAGCGCCGGCAUUGGAAAUGACCCCCGGGAGAAUAGGAAAUUCAACAUGAUCAAGCAAGCACUCGACUAUGACAGUAACGGCGACUACGUGCGGCUCUGGCUCCCCGAACUGCAGAAAAUCCGGGGGGGUGACGUGCACACGCCGUGGACCCUCAAUAAGGCGGCGCUGUCGCACGCAGACCUCGUCCUGGGUGACACUUACCCCAUCCCUGUCGUCGUGGCGCCCGAAUGGAGCCGACACAUUGGCAAAAAACAGAACGAUACCGAGCCGUACCCAAAAGGCAGAAAAGGUCCGUCUCACAACCCCAAACAGCAUCGUGACAGAGGCGUUGAUUUCUAUUUUUCCAGAAGCAAAAACUUGUGAGCUUGGAUCAAAACCAGCCACAACGCCAACUUUGCUUUGCCUUCUUCUGUUACACUGAACUGUUUUAAGUUAUGCUCCUCAUCAAACUGGUUUUCUUACAUAUUAAAUGGUGCUGUAAUCCAGG